GAUCUGUGGACGCUUCCUCGUAGCCUCAGCAACCGCUGUCCCAGCCCUCCCCUCGGGGCGCUGAGCUGUAGCGCCGCGGCUGCCCGUGCCCAAGCCCAAAAAAUCACCUUCAGCUCGCCGCGACUAUGCCGGGGAGCUUCGGCCUCUCGUCGGUGGGGUGGAAGCGGCACAAGACACCUCGCUCCCCGUUCCUCACGAAGCAGCCGCAGGGCAGGCUGCCUUAGGAUUCGGGUCUGCCCCAAGCUCUACCCUCCCCUCGCGUCUUUGGUGCUGGGCGCUAGAGACCCUUCGCGGCCCUCACCGGCGUCUCUGCCCUCCUCGGAGGGUCACCUCCCCCGACCCCCGCAGCGCCGCCUGCCCUGUUCCAGGCAAGAGGGCAGCCGCUGGCGGCAGCUCGGGGGCGCCCACUGGAGACGCUCCCACCCACGCGUGCCCGGGGCGCCCCCGCCCCCUCGCCUGCUGCCGCCUGGCGCAGCCGCACGCACUUACACACCCGCACACUCACACCGCACACUCGCUCAGGCCGCCUGGGCAGCUGCUCGCCGCUCCUUGCCCUCCCCACCGAUUCGCCUUCGCUAUGGCAAGCCCCGGGUCCGGCUUCUGGCCCUUCGGGGCCGAGGAGGGAUCUGCGGCCGCCGACAACCCCGGCACAGCCAGAGCCUGGUGCCAGGUUGCGCAGAAGUUUACAGGAGGGAUCGGAAACAAACUCUGCGCCCUACUCUACGGAGAUGCCGAGAAGACCGUGGAAACCGGCGCCAGGGCAGCCCCGGGGGCAGCGGAGCAGCGGCCGGCCUGUACCUGCGACAAAAAACCCUGCGCCUGCCAAAAAACGGAGGUGAAUUACGCCUUUCUGCACUCAACAGAUCUUCUGCCGGCAUGCGACGGAGAAAUAACGACUAUGUCUUUCCUACAAGAUGUUGUGGACAUUUUACUUCAGUAUGUGGCAAAAAGUUUUGAUAGAUCAACAAAAGUUAUUGAUUUCCAUUACCCAAACGAGCUGCUCCAGGAAUAUAACUGGGAACUGGCAGACCAGCCGCAGACCUUGGAAGAAAUUUUAUUGAACUGCAGAACGACUCUGAAGUAUGCAAUUAAAACAGGGCACCCCAGAUAUUUUAAUCAACUUUCAACUGGAUUGGACAUGGUUGGAUUGGCAGCAGACUGGCUGACAUCAGCAGCUAAUACUAAUAUGUUCACCUAUGAGAUUGCUCCCGUGUUUGUACUUUUGGAAUAUGUCACACUAAGGAAAAUGAGAGAGAUGGUUGGCUGGCCAGGGGGCUGUGGCGAUGGGAUAUUUUCACCUGGUGGUGCCAUAUCUAACAUGUAUGCUAUGUUGAUUGCACGUUUCAAGAUGUUCCCAGAAGUUAAAGAAAAAGGAAUGGCAGCUAUUCCCAGGCUGGUUGCCUUCACCUCAGAACAUAGUCACUUUUCUGUGAAGAAAGGAGCUGCAGCCUUGGGUAUUGGUACAGAUAGUGUGAUUUUGAUUAGAUGUGAUGAAAGAGGGAAAAUGAUCCCAUCAGACCUUGAAAGAAGAAUUCUUGAAGCCAAACAAAAAGGAUUUGUUCCCUUCCUGGUGAGUGCCACAGCUGGGACAACAGUGUAUGGAGCGUUCGACCCUCUCAUAGCUAUUGCAGACAUCUGCAAGAAGUACAAGAUCUGGAUGCACGUGGAUGGAGCGUGGGGCGGUGGGCUCCUGAUGUCAAGAAAGCACAAAUGGAAGUUAAAUGGUGUUGAGAGGGCCAAUUCAGUGACCUGGAACCCUCACAAGAUGAUGGGCGUCCCGCUGCAGUGCUCAGCCCUGCUAGUGAGAGAAGAGGGCUUGAUGCAGAGCUGCAAUCAAAUGCAUGCUUCCUACCUCUUUCAACAAGACAAGCACUACGACCUCUCCUAUGACACGGGAGACAAAGCCUUGCAGUGUGGGCGGCACGUCGAUGUCUUCAAGCUAUGGCUGAUGUGGAGGGCAAAGGGAACUACAGGAUUUGAAGCACAGAUCGAUAAGUGCUUGGAACUGGCAGAAUACCUGUACAACAAGAUAAAGAACAGAGAAGGGUACGAAAUGGUGUUUGAUGGAAAGCCUCAGCACACAAACGUCUGCUUCUGGUACAUCCCUCCCAGCUUGCGCGGCAUGGAAAACAGCGAAGAAAGGCUGAGUCGCCUGGCCAAGGUGGCACCAGUGAUAAAAGCCAGGAUGAUGGAGUAUGGCACCACCAUGGUGAGCUAUCAGCCCCUGGGAGACAAAGUGAACUUCUUUCGGAUGGUCAUCUCCAACCCUGCAGCGACUCACCAAGACAUCGACUUCCUGAUUGAUGAAAUUGAACGCCUGGGACAGGACUUAUAAGAACUGGGUGUGGAAGUCUCUUCCUGACCUCUAAGUAGACACUUUAAGUUGUCACAAACUGUGCGAAUGUAUUUGUAGUUUGUCCCAAAGUAAAUCUAUUUCUAUAUCGUGGCGUUGGAGUAGAGUACAGUUUAAAAAGAGCCCACACAAAUCAAGAAACUUGGCUCCUUUAAAGUCCUUUCCUGAGUUUUAGAAUACCUCCUUAAUAAUUAGCUGCACACAAAGCUGCACUGAAACAAGGCUGAAGAGAAGACGCUUACAAUGUUCUAUCCCCCCCACACACACCCCAGCAGUUUUAAUGCAGCGACUCCCUUUGAAUUCGGAGCAGAUUGGAAUGAUGCCAAACUUUGCCAUAGAUAACUAAAUGAAGCCAAAAAACUGAGGGAAGUGGGGAGGGGGUGGUGAGAAGCAGAGCAUCCAAGCUGUUGCAUUUAGGAGUGAAAGCAUUUUUGCCUUCUUCGUAGCAUUAGAGCGGAAUUUACUACUCAUUUCCUUACAGCAACCUUUCAAAUGUCUUCAAAUAGGUAUAGUUUUACAAAGGGAAACAUAUAUAUAUAUAUAUUAAAGAUAGAAUAAAAGACAGUAAAAUCCUAUUUUGUAAACUCUAUAUAUUUAUUUUGUAUGGGUUAUAAAACUGCAAGGACAGAAGCUGAAAAUUACCUAGGGUUCUUUUCUUUUCUUUCCAUGGAGGUGCCUCAAAUGCUUAUUAGUGCUUACUUUAAAGUAGAAGCCCACAUGCUACCUUCUCAAGAGGUGCCUGUACCUCGUCUCUCUCCGUCCUAUCUGGAUUGUACAUCCCCAGGGUUGAUUACUGAAAGACCUUAAGAGUGCUGCAGCUCUUCAAACCACUUAAUAAGAUCAAUUAGAGUACAACAAGAGAAUGCUACUCUGGUUCCCACUUGGCCUAACUGAGCAGACGCACAAUCAAUACACAGUGCUAACCAAGACUGAAAGAAGGUUGUAUUUGGAUGGUGUCUGUGUCCUGUGGUAAAAAAGCCCAUCCCAAACCAGGCACAAUUCUGAGUAAAUGCUUACCUUGUAAUCAUUUCUGCUAUGGGCAGUCCAAAACUGCAUUGGAAAAAAAACCAACCAGCCAACCAACCAAAAUUGACUGAAAUUCUUGUUAAAAUAGCAUGAACCCUCCCAGCUACAUUAAGAGAGUAAUUAGAGGUGUAAAGGUCUGCCAGAUGAGGCCUGAGUCAAUGUGACUGUAAUCUGAGUGACAGGGAGAGGAGGGGGGUGUCCAAGUAACAAACUGCUUUGUGAAAGGCUUCUCCCAGUGCUGGACUCUGUCCUUGUCUGCAGUGGCUUUUGAAAGAGUUGAGAUCAGGCUCCAGCUGCCUAAAACUGGCCACAAAGAGAAGCCAUGAGCACAGCUCUUGCAGAGUACUGCAUCAUCCCUUAACAUUAGAGGUGAGUCUGGCAUGGAAACUGAAAUUUAUCCUCUUAGCCCCCCUCCCCACCUCCAGCACCUGGAAGCAUUGGUGAGAGUUCUGCAGCUCAGGUCUUUCUACUUAUAACCCUACUCAAGUUUUGGUUUUAACUUUGCCUAAGUGGCCAACUUAUGUUUAUAAAGCAAUAUUGUUUGGCUGUCUCUAAAAUACUUGAAAAGGAAAAAGAAAGGGGGACAAAAAUAUUAGCAGUGCAUUGUGGUUUUAAUUUCAUCUCAACUAGAUUAAGUGGAGUAUUGAUUCAGUGUAAGAUCACGAGGACACGAAGCAAGGGGAAAUAAACUGUGUCUGUAAUUGUGUUGCCUUUAUGAUGUUGAUAGUACUGUUUUGUCACCUCAGAUUGAGGCUGUGCACUUUAGAUUUAAACUGUACAGUGUUGCAGAUCAACAUGUGUUGCUGUAUAAGCUUGUACAAUAUAUUACUGGUAUGUCAUCGUUCGUGUGGUAGUAGUACUGGCUCUUGGUGUUGUAAGACCUGCAUUCGCACCGGUCCCUCUGCUAUAGCUUUGCUUGGUAUUAACCUCUCCUCACCAGCUUUUGGGCAGACACCUCACCUGGGUGGACUUCCAUUUGCUGCCUGCUAUGCAUAGUGUUGCAAGUCCAACUGUAGAGGAGAUGCCAAUUCCAUCAGGAAGGACUUCAAUGGAACCUUUGCUAAAUGUGUCAAACCUAGCAGACUAAGCAAUGAGAUACUGAGUAAAGCAGCAAAUUCGAUUCUCUUUUUUUUUUUUUUCCUUGCUGGGAGAAAGGCAAGGAAAGAGCUUAAGAAGCUACAAACUCAUGCAGGGACAAUGAUGAAGGUGAUCAGCAGCCUGGUUACAUCUUGCAUGUGCAAUUCUGUUUUAAAGUGCUAAGUGCAAGCAAUGUAUUUAUUAGCUGUGUGUGCCAAUCCAAGAUUUACAUUCAGUGUUCCAGGAGAACCAACACUUUAAUUUAUGGGGGUCUUUCCUCCCCCUCCCCCCCUAUUCCUGUACUUAUUGCAGCCAGGAAAGAGCAGCAUAGCAAUCUGUUCUUGUGUUUGACCAAAGUAUCUUCUCUGUGGUGUUGAACUAAAUCCAAAUAAAAGUGUAAAACGUGACUCUGGGUCUUUCCAUUACUGAGCAGUUAUCAUUUGUGCCAUUUAGGAGCAAGGCCCCAAUAAAGAGAAUGUUUAAUUGUAA